AAAAUAUUAAUUCAUUAUCCUUAAUCUUUCUUUCAGUAGAAAAAUAUCACUUGACGUAUCUAAUGACACUAUUCAGUACCUAUUUGUAUUCAAAUAUACAUAUAUAGUGUGGAGUAAACGCCAACUUGAAACGAAUCAAUGUUAAAUACAAAUGAUAUAAUUAUACACCUGCUAAAAUUUGUGUGAGAACAAGUGGUGUGUUAUCUAAAAACACUUCUUAAACGGUAUAAAUGGACAGAUUUGUAUGACAAAUAAAGUGUAAUCUUAAAAUUUAGUAUUAAAUUAAUACUAUUGUCCCAUUCGGAUACCUAGUGUUGAUGAUAAAAUCAAUACACCUUUAUAUUGUAAUAACAUGCGGUUUCGUGUUCAGAUACACGUGGAAUUAUUAAAAUAUCUUGAAACGGUUGCAAUCGCACAUCGAUUUGCAUCGUACCUACCUAUAAUCUCUUAUAUGCAUCGCAAAAUUAAAAAUAUUUUUGUGUAACAGAUUCCCGUGACCAAUUUAAACGCGUCAACAGUUUGCUAUCGAAAGUUAUGCUUAUGACAAUUGAUUGUUAUUAAUACUAAUGAUUGUGUUAAUACUAUACACACUGAUGGAUGUUGGCCGACAAAAUAAAAACACUAAUAUAAUGGCAAUUAAUUUGUUACGAUCGUUUUAUAUUAGACGUCUGAAAUAAUUAUUCGGACAUUCAUAGAAGUAACUUCAACUACAUACACGCUGCUGUUGACGCUGCCACCACCUAAUCGCAACGUGGUGUUUUUAUUUUUGAAUACUAUAUUGUCUGUUACUCGUUUUGAAAAUGGACGAAAAUAAAUCAAAGGGUAAUUACGACGUUAAUAAUGGUUAUAGGCUAGACGCCGAGGAUUCUGCUUUUAUUGUAGCUCAACCUGUACACUUAGAUGAUGCAAUCGAAAUGGUCGGAUUUGGUAGUUUUCAUUACUACAUAUUAUUUAUUUGUGGAUCACUUUUCGCGGCAGUCGCUUUUAGCGUGACGUCAGUUUCUUUUCUUGUACCAUCAGCCCAAUGUGAUUUUCAUAUGACUUCUGUCCACAAAGGAAUUUUAAACGGAGCUUCCAUGAUGGGAAUGUUUUCGGGAUCUUUUAUUUGGGGUUACGUAGCUGAUUCCAAAGGCAGAAGAUAUGCCUUGAUAUUGUGUAUGAUUAUGGAUGGCGUUUUCAGCAUCAUAUCUAGUGUAUCUCAAAUCUAUCCAGUGUUAAUAUUUUGCCGACUGAUGAGUGGAUUUGGAGUGUCCGGUGCUACAGUGCUAUAUUCCUACUUAGGAGAGUUCAUUAACUCAAAAUAUCGUGAAAAAUUUCUAUGCUGGAUGGAAAUGUUCUGGACGAGUGGCGUAAUAUUACUUCCAUGUGUGGCGUGGUUAAUUAUACCACAAACAUUCCGAAUUGAAUAUGGAUUCUUUUUAUUCAGAUCAUGGAAUUUAUUUGUGAUUAUAUGUGCUUUUCCGAGCUUAAUAUUGGCAUACUUAUUGGUAAGAUUGCCGGAAAGUCCAAAGUUUUUACUCGCAAAGGGUAAACACGACGAAACAAUUGAUUGCUUGAAAUUCGUUUAUAAAUGGAAUAAUAAGACUAAAGAUAAUUUUCCGGUGACUUCAUUAAUAUUACCUGAUUGUAUUAAUGAGCAGAGUAAUAGUUUUUUAAAUGGGCUCUACGAGAGUACUGUUGGACUGUUCACAUCUAAAUUUAAAUUUAUAGCUAUAAUUACAUGUAUUAUACAAUAUGGAGCCACUACCAGUUAUUAUAUGUUGAUGCUGUGGUUUCCAGAGCUGAUGAAUAGGUUUCGAUGGUAUGAAACAUCAUAUUUAGGACCGAAAAAUAUGACAAAUAUGUGUGAAAUUGUAUCUAUGUUUAAGACCGAACCUGAAAAGAUAGAUCAAAAGUGCAAUGAUGAUAUAGAUCAAUCAGUGUACUUGAACAUAAUCAUUAUUGGAAUCGCAUGCAUACCAACAAGUCUUAUCGUGCCACUAUUUGUUAACAAACUAGGACUCAGGUUUUUUUUAGUGGUAAGCUUUUUAGGAUCAGGUCUAUCCGCUGCUUUGUUAUAUUUCAUAACGUCUUCACUUGAGAAUCUCGUAUUAUCUUCAGUGUUUGAAGCUCUUUCCAGCGUUGGUAUUAGUCUUAUGUAUUGUAUUGCUGUCGAGUUGUUUCCCACAGAAUACAGGGGCAUGGCUGUAUCUAUAGGUUCUACUUUUGGAAAAAUAGGGGCACUUAUGGGUAAUAUCGUAGUUGGAGUAUUUAUUGAUGAGCUCUGUGUAAUUCCAAUAUUGGUAUCGUGUUCAUUUUUAAUAAUUUCAGGAUUGCUGGUGUUGACAUUACCAAAAACUGGGAGAACCAACAUAAAAUAAAAUUAUAAUUUUUGAUGAGAUUAAUUUUAAUUUGUAUCAUUAAAAAAUAGUAUAUCCUCGUUUUAUGAUUUUAUAAGAAAACUAAUAUGUAUAAGACCUACCUAAUGUUUUGUAGAUAUGUAGAGUGGUUAUUGUAUUACUCAAUUUUAUGUAUUAUUAUUUAUUUUAUAAUUUUGUUUUCUGUAGAUUUAAAUAAUUGUUUUACUUUCAUUUGUAUUAAAAAUCAAGAGUUAUUUGAAAUCAAAAUAAAUUAAACAAGUAUUUUUUUUUAAUUA